AUAUAUAUAUAUAUAUAUAUAAGCCAAAGGACGAGAGCAAAUAAAUAUUGAAGCGCAAACGUGAGAGUUAAAGAUGGAGAGACCAAUUUUCACAAACUUUAUGAUGGUGCAAUUUGUUGUGGCAAUGCGUUUGUUUAGCAUCUUUAUACAAAGUGGUUGCGCAAUUGAAUCACCACAUUACACAGUGGUGUACUCAGAGUCAGAUUUCGAGGUCAGACUCUACAGAGAAUGCUCGUGGAUGUCAGCUCUCGUCCGAGGGACAACUUCAUUCGAAAACUCCACCAAAGAUGGCUUUCACAGAUUGUACCAAUACUUUCAUGGGGCUAAUCUUAACUCCGCUAGAGUUACAUUGACUGCUCCCGUCUUAACAAAAAUCAUUUCUAAUUCAUCAUCAUCAUCAACACAAGGGUCAGAAUAUCACAUAAAGCUUUAUCUGGGCACAAAAUAUGAAAGAGCGCCUCCACCACAGCCCUUGCCUGAACUGAAUCUCCAGCUUGACAAACGGCGAAGUCACUGCGUAGCUGUCCGAAGUUUUUCUGGAUUUGCUGAGGAUGACAACGUUGGAAAAGAAGUUGAAGGUUUCUGGAACAGCCUAAAUAAGCACGUGAACAAGAGUUGGGAGACACCACUUGUAGUGGAUAAGAGUUCUUUUGGUAUUGCUCAGUACAAUUCUUCGCAUCACCUUACUGGGCGCUUGAAUGAAGUGUGGGUCAAUGUUUUAUCAGGUUUUGCAGCAGAAUGGUGUCUGCCCUAGCUAUCAAGCGGGAGAUUAUUACUUAAUUUUAUGCUAUUGUGUGAUGUUGUACUAUGGUAAAAUAAAAUAAGGUCUUUUCGUGAUUUCAUUGAUGAUAUUGGAGU